AUGUUAACUAUUCCACGUGAAUCAAAUUUAUUUAAUUAUACUGAUGAUUAUUAUCAUAAUCCUCAUAAUAAUUCUUUCAUUAAUUUAAAUAGUAAUCAUCAACAACAAAUUAUACCACAUCAGAUUAAUCAAUCAACUCAUACUUUUUUAAAUGAUCACUUGAACAUUGAUCAAAAAUCAAUUGAAGCUGUUGAAAAUGAACACUUGAAUAAACAAAUUAUUAAUACAACAAGUGAUAAAAUAGAUGCUUCUGAAGAUAAUGGAAAUUGUUUAACUCCAAUAACAGCUAAUACACUAUUAACUAGUUUAAAUCACAAUCAUCAACAUCAUCUUGAUCAUCAGUCACAUCAGUCAGUAAUUGAAUGUCAAGAUGGUUCCUCCAUUAUUGUUUCAUCAUCAUUAGAUAUAUCAGUAUCAAAUUCCGCUUCAUUAUCAUCAACAUCAUCAUCAUCAUCCCGCAAUGAUUAUCUACCUAAUAAUAAUAAUACUAGUAGCAAUGAAACAGUUUUUCAUUCAAGUGAAUUUUCAAACAAUAUUCAUAACAAUAAUAAUACUACCAGUAAUAACAAUAGACAUCCAUUGUAUAAUUUGCCAUUUCCAAUGGAUUAUUGUUCAAAUAGACUAAUUGAACAAAAUGGCGAAUUGAAUAGACUUUUUAAUUCAGAUAAAAUUACCACUAGUACAAGUGGUUAUUCAAAAACUGAAUUAUCAAAUGAUGCAUUAACCACAAUAAAUCCCUUGCAUGAUGAUCAAAUAUUUUAUGGACAAUCGUCAUUAGCAAAUCAUCAACGUCAUGUUCAAUGUAUUAAUGAUUAUCAGAAUUUAACAUUGAAUACAAAUGAAUUGAAUACUACGGUACAUUUAAAUCAACAAAAUAAUUAUUACAAUAAUUAUUAUUUCCAUAAUCAAAAUAACAAUAUUCUUAAUCACAAUAAAACUAGUAAUAAUAAUAAUAAUAACAGUGAAUUAGAUAAGAAAGAUUUACAAAUCAUAAAGAAUAAAAAAUCUGAUUUUAUUUUAAUACGUCAACGUAAUCGACGUAAACCGCGUAUUUUAUUUUCACAAACACAAAUUUACGAAUUAGAACGUCGAUUUAAACAACAACGUUAUUUAUCUGCUCAAGAACGUGAACUAAUGGCGAAUAAUUUAAAAAUGUCAGCACAACAAGUAAAAAUCUGGUUUCAAAAUCGUCGGUACAAGUUAAAAAGACAAGUACAAGAUAAAAAUUUAGAAGAAGCUAGUGCAUUACAUUAUCACUUACAAAAUUAUCCUAUACCAUUAUUGCAACAAUCAACGGAAUUAUGCAAUCAUGCCGCAUCGAUUACCAACUCAUCAUUACACAAUAUUACCAAUAAGAUAGAUGAUGUUUAUGAUCAACUACAAAAUUGUACACAUGUUUCCGAACUGAAUACAUAUGAUUGGGCGAAUAAAUUCUCUCAAACAUAUAAUAUCAACAAUACUACAACUGUUACUACUACAGGUAUUACAAAUACUAGUAACAGUAGUAACAAUAUUUAUGAUUCCAUGGAAUCAGGAUCUUCAAAUCCAUUGAUUAAUUCAAAUAAAAUAUUCAACUCUUUGACUAGUUUCAAUGAAGACAGAUCUAUUAAAUAUUCAAAUCAAUCCUCAUCAUCAUCGUCAUCUAAUAAUUCAGAUUCAAAAUUAUCACCUUAUCAUUCCAAUGAGAAUACUAUCAGAGAUUUAAGCUAUUCAGCUCAACAAAUCAAAUCAACUUUACCAUCAUCAUUUCUACCAUUAUCUAAAGUGUAUCCAUUUCAGUUAGAUUGUGAUUCGACAAAUGAAUCAAACUAUUGCGCAACACAGAAUGAACAGAAAUCCAUUCAGCCUAAUACGUCAUUAUCUCAACUGCAAUAUAUUCAUGAACAGAAUAAUGCAAAUGAUAGUCAUGUUAUUGAUCGUGUCACAAAUAAUGUGAACUUAAUUGAUAAUCAUCAGAAAAACAGCCAUUGUCAAUUAAACUAUUCGCAUAGUCAUAAUGAAUUGGCGGAAAAUGCAAAUUUCAAUUCUCCACUAAACAAUGACAUUUCACAAGUUGAUUUAUCCAUCUCUUUUUUGAACAAUUUCAAAAAUCAACCAAAUCAAUCUUUAAGCAAUUUUUGCAAUUCCGAUUUCUAUGAUAAUUAUUUUAUCAUGAAAAAACAUUUAAAAUCGUUACCAACCUCUGCAAAAUUCACAUCAACAGAAGGAUUUUCAUUCGGCUCAUCAACAGCAACAGCGACCACUGCAACUGCAUUAAUUGCAGAAGCAACUACUAACCCAAUAGACACAUACAUGAAUUUAGAACGAUUUCAACAAAAUCGUAAUUGGUUUCCAAAUAAUUUAUUUUUCUCAUCAAAUCUAUCCAAUACUGUUAGCAAUGAAUUGACCAUGUUAACAAGUAAACAUCAUUCACAACUAAGUGAAACCAAUAAAAUAUUUCCAUUGUCACAAUAUGAUGAAUAUAGUAGAGAAUUAAAAGAUUACAAUGAUCAAAUUGAAAAUAUACACAAUAAAAAUCAAACAUUUCCGCAUUCAAUGACUAAACUUGAUUUGGAAUAUCAAACUGUAUUGAAUGUAGCUAAAGCUGCAUUUCAUUGUGAAAAUAUGAUUUUGAAUACGAAGAAGCCGCCAUUUUCAAAUUAUACCGUUAUCGAAACAAAUGAACAGAAAAAUAGAGAAACUAACGAAGAAGAUGAUGGUAAUGAAAAGUUUAUUACUUAUCAUGAAUACCAAUAG